GACAAACAAAUAAAUGGUGAUUCCCUUUUGAAAGCACCCAAUAUAAAUAAUGAAUAUUUAGAAUGAAAUUUGAAAACCAAGCAGCGUCCCUCUUUCCUCUUCUUCCUCGGCCAAUUCAUCGGCCCCUAGUAUACGACGACGACGAGGGUUUCAUCAUCUUCUCUACAUCACAACCGGAAUCCUCACUCCCCGGCGACGCUCACCGUCUCCGCCUUCUUCUCCGCCACCGUCUGAUUAACACCACAACGCCAUUCAUUAGCGGCUGAAACUCUUUCUAUUCUCUAAUUUCGGAUCUUAAGAUAAUUCUCCAAACUAUUGUUAUCUCAUAAUUUUCUUUCGGUACUCGGAGCAAUGAAUGUGGGUGACCUUCACAAGGUUUGGGAAAUCAAAGCCUUGAAAAAGCCAGGGGAGGAAGAAGCCAGGAAGAUUCUUGAGAAUGUGGCCAAACAGGUCCAACCCAUUAUGCGUAACCACAAAUGGCGUGUCAAACUUCUUACUGAGUUUUGCCCCAAAAAUCCGUCUCUUCUCGGAUUGAAUGUAGGAGGAGGUAUUCAAGUAAAGUUGAGGCUUCGAAGGCCAAAUAGAGACUGGGAUUUCUUCCCCUUUGAUCAAAUUCUUGAUACCAUGCUUCAUGAGCUUUGCCACAAUGCUCAUGGCCCUCAUAAUGCUAGCUUCUACAAGCUUUGGGAUGAACUUAGAAAGGAAUGCGAGGACCUCAUGUCCAAGGGAAUAUCUGGCACAGGUCAAGGGUUUGAUCUUCCUGGGAGGCGGUUAGGUGGGUUUACCCGCCAACCACCUCUUUCUUCACUUCGUUCAAGUGCACUUUCUGCUGCAGAAAAGAGAAACCGAAUGAAUUCUCUUCUACCAUCUGGACCAAAGCGUCUUGGUGGAGAUAGCACAAUUAUGGUUGCACUUAGUCCAAUACAAGCUGCUGCUAUGGCUGCAGAAAGGAGAUUUCAAGACGAAAUAUGGUGUGGAUCUGCGUCUUGUGAUGCUUCCGAGUCUGGAGAAGGUAGCUCUGAUAAUCCAGCAGGAAUCUCAAAGGUUGAUAGCACUAAUAGUGCUUAUGCCUCAGACUCAAUCUCUCGAAAAAGGAGUCGCGAAUCCAAUAACUUUCCCUCAGCUCAACCUCCUAAUUUUAUAGAUUUAUCUGAUGCUUCACCAUCCGAAUCCAUACGUGAUCUCAAUUCAGACAAUAACAGACAAGAAACUACUAUGUGGGGGUGUGAAACAUGCACUUUGCUGAAUCCACCAUUGGCUCCAAUAUGCGAGAUAUGCGGGACACCGAAGCCAAGGGACACGAGUAACAAACACAAACUCUGGUCCUGUAAAUUCUGUACUUUGGAAAAUAGUGUGAAAUUGGAUAAAUGCUCAGCAUGUAGUCAGUGGAGAUACUCAAAUGGUCCACCUGUGGCAACCCUACCGCCUAACCUCGGCACCUAAAAUGGUAAAGUCCCCACUCUUUUCGGUUCCUUAAAACUGUAAUUUUCCAAGUUGGCAAAGAAUCUUCUUUUUACUAUCUGGGAGUUGCAUUCUCCUGUAUCAUUCUUAUACUACUUGUGAAUAUAAUGUAAAUAAAUAUUGAUUGAUGAAACUCACAGCCAAGUAAAGAAAAUUUGUAUGGAUUCUUCCACAUCAUCUUCUCUGCAAUUUUCAACUGUUAACUGAAAUAUCAGAUAUGCUUUUUUUGGUUUUGGGUUAAGAUAUAA